AUGCGUCGGUUUUGGCUUUCCAGAACGCUGUCGUUGGGCAUUGUCCUUGCAACGACCGCCGUGCGAGCAGCCAACCCUUUAUCGUCGAAACUGUGGACUCUCGUCGGAUGCGACAAUGUCGACCUGGACAGUCUGAUCUCCGAUGUCACCAAAUUGGCAGAUGCGGCUAUCUCAUCCAUCAACAAUAUUGUGGAUGGUGCGGUCAUUGGCGCGGACGAUGGCUCGACCGCGUGGUUCCAUGCGAGGAACGCCAUGAUCUUUUGGGGUCUGUUGGGAACUUUUUCAGAUGACCAAAAGCAACUUCACUUCGAGGGGAACGAUCUGGCGAUCUUGAACAAGGUCAAGGACAAGUAUCAAGGCAUAGUAUCUGCUCUUUUGGGCGGAUACUGGAGCCCAAAUUACAACUGGGUCUUCUGCAAGCCUGAUCAGCAACCAUACCCAUUUGUCAAGGCAACCGUCGUGAAAGACUUUGUCAAUAACAUGCCUGCUGAUAUCCAAGACAAGCCGCUCAGCGACUUCAAUAUUCCCGAUAAUGUUUACUACCCCGAUGCCGGCUUCUCAAUCAACGCGAAUGACCCUUCACAGAAUGGGAGAAGGAGAAUUGGACUGAUAGGCUCGGACCCAAAUGUGUGCAAUGUGGCCGAUUCGCCUGCAGCUUUCAUCUAUCUGCAGGAGCAUGAUUCGACGACUCAUUGGAUGGCAUUAUGCAACGUCUUUUACAAUUCUCCCGCGACUGUCGGUCCCAACCUUCCGGAUGACGCAUUCAACCUUGAUAUCUACAAGAGCCAAGCUUCCCAGCUACUUCACGAGUUGAUGCACUUUCGCUGGUCAGAUGUGACCGAUUAUUAUGGAAGGAUAGGGAGUAUGACAAAGGAUGAUCACUUUUACGGCUCGGCCGGAUGUGCUGCACUUGGUGACGACUCGAAUCGUGCCAUGGCGAACGCCGACAAUUACAGGCUCUUUGCCGAAGCAUCUUACCUACAGCCUCGGAGAUGGGAGGUUGAUCCGAAAAAGCUCGGACAAAGCAAGUGA